AGGCACAGAGACUCAAUUGGCAUCAACAAGUAUGUAGAGCUGAGAGAAAACUCUUGCUCUCCUGGGCUGGCCGUGCCCCUCCCUUUGGCUGUGAUAAAGACAUGAAAACACCAGGGGGAGGCCCGAGCAGUCUAGGAGUUAAGCCAAGAGUUGUUUGUUUUCUGCUCUACCUAAAUUUAGGUUGUGGGAAAAUUAUUGUGUUCCCUCUUCUUGUCUGCAGGGUGGCCAUGACCCGACUGCUUUCUGAUAAAGUUACUAUGCCAACUAAUUAACAGAAGGUCAUGUGGUAUGGUCUGAUGCUUUGCUGAAAACUGCCUUUAAAACUACUGCUGUACAAUAAAGCUUUGCUCAGAGCUCCGACUCUCUGAAGCCCUCUCAACCCGUGUCAGGCUGUUCUUGUGCUUCUUGGACCCCGCACAGCUGGACUGUGUCAAGUGGCGCCCGAUACAGGGACCUUGAAGGCUCAAGCAGACCCUGUGGAGAGACCACAGGAAAAAGAUGGACCCCUCCCUUGAGGAGGGGCCAGCACAACUGCCAUUCCUGGCUCCUCGGUCAGCAGAUCCUGACGUUCUUCUCCAACCUAUGGCACGGCUCUCUGUGGGUCCUCCCCAUCGAAGAAGGAGGCCCUCAUUCUACCGUACGCGGCCUACCAGGAAUUCAGGACCCCCGUCUCCUCCUACAUGGCGCACUCUUCAUCAGUUGGUGAGGGAUGCCCAUCAGGUGGCGGGACGAGCCGGACGAGACUCACGUGAUCCUGUUAUUCUAUUUCUUGCCAUGUUGGCUUUGGUCGAUGUGGCUUUCAGCUUCAGAGUAAGUACAAACUUCACCUAUUGGGCUUAUGUGCCUGAAGCCCCUCUUCUAACUGCCGCUCAAUGGGAUCAAGAUAAAAUUAUUGUAGGUACUAAUAGUACUGAGUAUCUUGGAGGUUUACCCUCACCUAAAGAAAAAUAUUCUGUAAGGGUGGCCCCUACCUGGUCUAUAGUCACCCUACCCCAUCCUGUGUGUUGGCAGCUUAAUCGUGUCCUCGAUGUUGCCCCGUCCCCACGUUUAUCCACCCUGACCCGUUGUCAGUGGAUGGGAAAUAUGCGCCCCUUGGGAGUCUGUUUCUCAGCUUUGACCUCUGUGUUUGACCCAGACAGACCAUAUAAACCUGAUCUACAUGUAGCCGUCCCACAAUAUCAUAAACCUGACUCGCUUAGAUCAUGCCCUUCAGGACUUAAGUCCAAACAGGGCAUCUAUGCACAGUUGACAGAUAUUUCCCUUAACAUCCUCCUGGGAAAGCCUGGCCUCCUGUCCACAGGUAAACACCCCACCUACAGAGCAGAUGAUGUUCUGUUAGAGCUUGUGUCUGCCCUCUGAAAGGAACAUAAAACUGAAUCCAGGACGACUGCUCAAAAUAUGCUUAUUGGGCAAUCCUCAACUCACAGAUCUUCUAACAAUAUUCUUUAUUCCAUUGUGUAUUUUAAAUAUGUACCUUUGGAACAGAUUGUGAGGAUUUAAUCAACUGAUAUGCAAUUGUAGUAAAGAGCAUAAAUAUGAUAUACAAUGGAAUUACCUAACUCAUGAGGUGGUCUGUGUUAUAUAUUAAGGUUUUUAUUCCUGGGCCAGAGAUAUAGCUCAGUGGUACCGCGCCUUCCUGACAAGCACAACGUCCAGAGUUCAGUUCCCAGUACCAAAAAAAAGAAAAGUAUUCCUAAAACAACAACAAAAAAACCUUUUAAGCUUGGUCUGCUCUAGAAGUACAAAACCCACAUAGAAAUGGCAGAAUCAUUAAUACUUAAUUGGACCCAGGCUUGCAGAAAGAAACUCAGAGAAUGGCAUGGCACGCAGUUUAACUUGUACUACGGCAGUGCGUGUUUAAAGUACAAGUGAGAGAAUGCACACACACAGGGCUCUCUGCCCUGUUCUGAGCUGGACUAGAUGCCCCUUCUAAGUAAGGACACGUAUUUAAUCUCCAUUUCCCCCGCUACAAUAUGCAUCAUUUCCUACUGCUCCUCUCUUCCUGAGAGCUCUCUGAGUCCACACACUAAUAUUUGAGCUGAAGACUGAGAGAUUUAGGUCUCUAUUUAUAGAUUUCAUCUCUGAAACUCAGCCAAAUAAUGACUGUAGAAGUGUAACAAAUGUAGGUAGGGCAACCGUAUAAGUAGUACCUGAAACAAGGCAUUGUGCAGCUUGUCUUCAGGUAUAUUAAGACGUGGACAAUGCCUCAGUGUCAAGGUUCACACCUAGAUGUCCCCACAGAGCCUCAUGUGAUCACAGACGGGGCUUCCCAGAGUGUUGCAUUAUGGGGCCAUGGAAGAGCGUAUCCCCCUCCCAGGCUCCUCCGCUCACUCACUCCACUUCCUGGCACCAGGAAGUGAGCACUUUUCCCCCACCAGGCCUGUCUGCCGUGCUGUCCUGUCUUGGAUCCGGCCAAAGAUGGGCUGUAACCCGGAGCCAAAACAAACCUCCCCUCCUUUAAGUUGUGGGUGUCAGAGGCUGUUUCCCAGCCAUGAGACAUUGGCAGACACACCUCAGUCCUUACUGUCCAGAACAAUCUGAAGGGCAAUACUGCAUCCAGUUGAAGUUCAAAAGCAAAACAAUAUGAUCAUCUAAAAGUGGAUAAAACUAUUAUCAGUUUACUUCUCCUGAACUGCAGUGAACAGGUACUGGUCUUCAUCACAGAGAGCCCACUGGAUGGAACUGUCUCUCUGUGAUAAGAGCUCUCGCCAGAGCUCUGUGACAAGACACGUUGCAGUCUUUUACGUUGGCAGACUUCACACUGCCCCUCUGCAAAGGCUUAAGCAAGUGUAAGUGGCAGGUGGAUGAUUAACAGCAUGUCCGAGGACAGAGAAAAAUAUUAAGACUAGAACCACAACAUAAAAUAUCAGGCAGUGAUGUCUAGAAAUUUAGGAAGAGGACAGUUAUGUGUGGUUAUCCCCCACCCUGUAUUUUCAGAAUGGUACUGUGUUGGUUUGGGGCUUAUUUUGCAAGGGGAACAACACGA